UUCAGUUCGGUCUUUAGUGCAACGCCAGGCAGCAAAGCGAUCGGUUUAGUUCGCUCUUAAAUCGCUCAGGAAUCUAGAGAAUCCAGUAAAUAAUAAAUUCAGUAACAUGGACAGCAAACAGCCUCCGCCGUACAGUGAGCAGGCCGGAUUCACGCCAGCACAGACCUAUCAGCCCGGUGGCCCCACCCAGCCUCCAAUGUACCCACCGAUGCCACAGCCGCAGCAGCCUUCCACGGUGAUCAUCCAGACCACGACGACCUCCAACCUGGUGCCCAUCGGCUCCGAGCCCACCCGCAUCUGCUGCCCCUCCUGCCACGCCGAAGUCGUGACCACCGUGAAGAGCACUCCCUCCAGCAGGACGCACUGCUGGGCCCUCGUCAUGUGCCUGCUCAUCUGCUGGCCAUGCGUCUGUCUUCCCUAUUGCAUGGACUCGUGCCAGAAUGCCAACCACUACUGUCCCAACUGCAGUGCCUACAUCGGCACCUACGAGAACUAACGUCUAUUCAUGCACACAACUAUCUAUAGAGAACCCUAAAAAUUAGCGUCAUAUUUCAGCGAAAUUUAACUGUAAAUAUACUUGUACGACAGUCACACAUUAAACAUGAGAUUCAAAUAGGAAAA